ACCUUAUUUAUAAAAUUAUCGGUCGGCAAUAAUAUUUGUACAACAAUAAAAAUAAAUAAAGUAAACAGUCAGGAUGGUUUGUGAUCGUUGUGAAGCAAAAUUAUCUAAAAUUGCAACACCAGAUCCUUGGAAAGCAGAUUCAGGAAAGCGAAAAAUUAAUGAAAACAAAUUUUUGUCAACCGCAAGAGAUAGGCAUAAUCCGAUUGCAAAGAGCCUAGCUCCUUGUAGGAUUUGUCGACAGAAAGUUCAUCAGAUUGGCUCACAUUAUUGUCAAGCAUGUGCAUAUAAAAAAGCAAUAUGUGCUAUGUGCGGAAAAAAACUACUUGAUACAAAAAAUUACAAACAAAGUUCAACGUAAAAACAUCCUUUUAUUUGCUUAUUACUAAUAUAAAUAACAAAACAUGUGGAUUUAAUUAUAACGUAAUAUAAUAUUAGUACAGAUUUUAUUAAGAA